AUGGAGUCUUCUACCCGGAUUACUGAAGUUCGUCUAGAAGUGUCUCACUGUUUCCAGAGUUUGACUUCAUCAGCGCAUAAGCAAGAUGCCAUCCUUGCUCUUCAAACCCUCCGCUCUUACUUGGACGAAACCCCUGAAAAUGCCAGCGUUUCAGGUCAGAGGACAGAGUUCCUAAAAUCUCACUUCACUCGCACCCUUCAGUUCCUUGUGAGGAACAUUGGAGCCGACUGGCUACACGGCUUGACCGUGGCACAACGCUCGGAAUUAUGGGAUGGUCUUUUCUUGCAUGGACCUCCGGAACAGACUCUCCUAGUGCUGAUGGAGGCAAUCGGAGAGCUAAAGCCAAGUUCAAAUCUGGACCACUUGGUCAGCAUCACUGAAAGGUUCAUCAAGAGCGGUCGCCUGGCUGAAAUGCUGUGGUCCUACUGUUUAGCCACGGGGCCCGCUGAUUCCCCCCAGAUCCGAGAGACCCUCUUAGCACGUAUCGUGGCACUGCCUGACCUCGCUGCUAAUAAACUUCAACACAACAACAACCCCACCUUCCUUCCACAGCAUUACUAUCCUCUGCUGGCUAAAGAGAUGCUCACUGCCUUGGAGCGAACGUGCAUGGCACUCAAAGAUGGCACAAAUUGUUCCUUGGUUUUUGUUGCUCAAGUGUUUGGAAAACUCUGUGCCCAAGGACAUAGUGCUUCGUUGAUGGCAGUGAUGAUUCCCAAAAUGUCCAGCUCCACUCGCACUGACAUGGUGUGGCAGAGGGUUUGCCAGAAGCUGCUGGAAAAUGUUCCACAGCGCUGGAUGGAGAGCGUGCUCACUGGUCUGGUGCAGGCUGUUCAUGGGCCUGAUGCUCUGGGUAGAAUCAUGGGGAAUCUUGUGGUAACAAACAAGACAGCCCAGUUCGUCAUAACACAUAAACUGCUGUUACUCCAACACAAAUAUGAGACUCGCACAUUGAGAGUCAUUCUGGGCUAUCUAGCUGCAGAGAAGGAUAGAAGACCGCUGCUUAUACAGGUAUUACGGUCCGUGUCCCAAGCGUGGGCCAACCCAAGCGCGGUAAAACACACUCCCCUGGAGCAGCAAAUGUACGUCAGCAAGGCAUUGCUGCUGUGCGUCUGUCUGCUGGAGGACGCCGAGUUGCAGGAAUUGCGUUCAGAGCUGCUGCAGUGCAUGCUGGGAGGCAUGCAAAGCCACUUGGACAGCAACGUCGUACGCAUCAGGCAUAUGGGUAUGGUUGUGGGGGAGGGUCUGAGCUCCCGCAUGAAUAUCAACGGGACCAAGCUCAAAUUUGAGUACGAAGAAGAUGAGGAAACUCGAGAGCUGGUUUCUCUUUUGAUUCCCCUUAACAUGGACGAAUCAGAACCUGAAUCGGAAGAAGGCGUCAGCCUUCAAGAAAUCAAAGAAAAUCAACCAGAUUGUAAUCAUACAUUAGCAAAUGAAGAACAAGAGAAAACAUCCACAAAAAAAGAGCUAGACUCUGACCUGGAUAGUGAUGACGAGUUCACGCCGUACGACAUGUCCGGAGAUAAGGAACUAAAUAAAUCAUCACCACCACGCUACCUACGAGACUGUCUAGAAAAUUUAAUUUCCUCUGAGGAACCAGAGCGUGUGGAGCUCAGCUUGAUGGUUGCAGAGAGUCUAGUGAGAAAGAACGCAUUUGCAACCAAAGAGAUCAGCGUCCAGCUAAGCAAAGUUCUCCUUCACAUGGAGGAUAAAUACAACAUAAAUGGCUUCCUGGCUCUCAGGCAGGCUACUAUGGUGGCGCUUGUGGUCACAGACUGCAUCCCGGUGACUCAGUACCUGACUACAGAGUUCUACUCCUUAAACUACAGUCUUCGACAGCGCCUAGAUAUCUUAGAGGUGCUUGCUGUGGCAGCUCAAGAACUCUCCAAGCCAGCAUUAGAAAACACAGAUCCAAGUGUUGCCAUGGAUUUAACACCCUAUUCAGCUAAUAACACUGCACACUGGCAGCAGGUCGUUGAGAAGCGCAUUCAGAGUAAGACCAGACGCAUCAGUAAGGGUGGUACGAAAGCUCCAGCAAAGGCUGCAGCCAACCGUUACGCACCAUUUGCUGGAUAUUUCUUCUUUCCUCUACUUAGGAAUUAUGACAAGCCUCAGGUUACCUUUGACUUGUUGGGUGGUGACCACCUGGUGUUGGGAAGGUUGAUCCACACUCUAGGAGUCCUCAUGCAUCUGGCAGUGAAUGCACCGGUAGCUGCACAAAUGGGUCGUGCUCUGCUUGACUUUGUAUGGGCAGUGCAUUACCAUACUGACCAGAUGGUAAGACGAAGCGUCCUCUUUGCCGUCUGUUCCGUGUUCAUGAGCAUGCCAAGUCAAAAUCUCCUGGUGGACCUUGCAGACCAGCUUUUUGAAACCAGAUCUUGGCUAGCAGAUGUGGCUGAAGGUGACCUGGAUGCAGAUUGCAGGAAUUUGGCCAUGCAGAGUCUGGUGCUGCUGGAUAAGAGCCUGAAGAAACAGCUCCAAAAUCCACAAGCCUUGAGUAUUGAAUCAUGA